AUCGAACAUAAAAUUAGUUCGAAAUGAAACAUUUCUUGGUUCUAACAUUCGCCAUAGUGGCAGCCUUUUGUUUCAAUACCUGUUAUGGUGUUAAUUUUACGCAUGGUUCAAUUGGACCGUACGAUAAAUUACUUUAUCACGAAUUUGUUAAAUUACCAGCAAAACCAAAUCAAAUGGUUUCCAAAAAUAUAACAUAUCCACCAUUGGGGAUAAGACCAAGUUCUAUAAGAUUGAUCUCUGCAGUGCGCGCUUUUGAUUUGAGUAAGGACAAAGUUUAUGGUUCAGGAUUUGCUUCAAUUACUAGAGGAGGUCCAAAAACCACAUUCUUGGGUUUGUGCUUGAAGUCAUUCAGGAAUCUUGGAUUGAAUUUUGCUGUUGAAGUUUGGGGAAACUAAUGUUAAAAACGUGGAUACAUUUUCCAUUGUUAUUUGAUUUUUGUUUGUAUAUUUAUAAUAAAGUGUACAACAUUUUCUUGGUUUCGUUUAUUAAAGAAGAAUCAUCAGAAAAUUUUGAAAUAAACUUCAAUUGACUUUUG